AGGGGGUGGGGGUUAGGCUUCCUGUCCCGGGAUCCUCAAUGAAGCCCCGCCCAAUCCAACCCUGCCAAUCGAGGCACUGACACACACAGACACACACACAAACACACACCAAGCAUGAUUUCCAACUGUUGACACACACCUCGGCACAGACUUUAAGCUGCGGAAGGAGGAAGGACGAUUGCUGCUGCUAAUCACUGCUGUGAUGGAGGGGGGGUAGCUUUGUGGGUAUUCCCUGUCUUUUCCUUUCUAUCCUGCUGGUUCUUCCCCCUCAUAUUAAUUUGGCAGCUUUUGUGGAUUAAUGAUUAAAUGUUCUUGACGGGAUUGGUUGGCAUGCAAGGGAAAAAGGAAGCAUUUGUUGCAGCUGUCAAGUGACAGAGCAUGGUCAUUUUGUGUCCAUUACAUCCAUUCCUUAGCACCCUGGUUAUUGCAAUGCCUCAGUCAGGAGAACCCGAGGAUCAUUAUCUGGGCCUUCCGACGCCCUCAUGACCCCAGGCUGGCUUGCUUGCAACCCCCCAUCGACCUCUGCAGCUGCUGUGAAGAGUCCUGGCACCUUCUUCGUUGAUGCAUGGAUCUCUACCGGACCAGGUGCGAAGGGUUAAAAAGGAACAUGUUCCACUGCUGGAUGUUACUCCUUUUCUCCCAUGGAUUUGUUUUCAACAAUGUCCAAGGGGAACUUCCUUUCAUGUUGGGAAACAACGCUGCAAUGCUGGUCAACUUGAAUGCUGUUGACGGAAACAAGAAGUUGUUCGCCAUCUAUGACACCAGCGUCAACGAACCGGGCAACAUGUCCAUCGUGAAGGAGACGGUGGAUAAACUACUGAAAGGGUACGACAUCCGACUGAGACCGGACUUUGGAGGGCCCCCAGUUGCUGUCGGCAUGAGCAUAGACGUGGCCAGCAUAGACAUGGUGUCAGAAGUUAACAUGGACUACACGCUGACCAUGUAUUUCCAGCAGUACUGGAGGGACAAGCGUCUAGCCUACAUAGGAAUCCCACUAAACUUGACUCUGGACAACAGGGUUGCAGAUCAGCUGUGGGUACCCGACACUUACUUCCUCAAUGACAAGAAGUCUUUUGUUCACGGAGUCACGGUCAAAAAUCGCAUGAUUCGCCUGCACCCAGAUGGGACUGUCCUUUAUGGGCUCAGGAUAACAACAACAGCUGCUUGCAUGAUGGACCUCAGGAGGUAUCCCCUGGAUGAACAGAACUGCACUCUGGAGAUAGAGAGCUAUGGCUACACCACAGAUGACAUCGAGUUCUACUGGAAAGGAGGCGAGUCGGCUGUAACAGGGGUGACGCGCAUCGAGCUGCCACAGUUCUCUAUUGUUGACUACAAACUGGUUUCCAGAAAUGUAGUCUUUUCCACAGGUGCCUAUCCUCGACUGUCUUUGAGCUUCAAGUUGAAGAGGAACAUCGGAUACUUCAUUUUGCAGACGUACAUGCCCUCUAUCCUGAUCACCAUCCUAUCGUGGGUAUCCUUCUGGAUAAACUAUGAUGCAUCUGCAGCCAGGGUGGCUCUUGGAAUCACCACGGUGCUGACCAUGACCACCAUCAACACCCACUUGAGGGAGACGCUACCCAAGAUCCCUUAUGUCAAGGCCAUCGACAUGUACCUAAUGGGCUGCUUCGUCAUGGUCUUCCUGGCUCUCCUCGAGUAUGCCUUUGUCAACUAUAUCUUCUUUGGGAGGGGUCCUCAGAUGCAGAAGAAGUUGGCAGAGAAAGCGGAGAAGGCCAACAAUGAGAGAGCGGCCAAGUACGACGCAGCAAGGGAAGCAGGUAGUAGGACCGCAUCCCUAAAACGGUCCAAUCAGGUUAAAGGUCUUCGCCACUCACGCUCGGCGGAACCGCAUGGCCAUGGAAACAUCCUGCUGACCACCUUAGAGAUCCACAACGAAGUGGCAGGAGGUGAGAUCACCACCAGUGUGGCAGACAUUAGGAACUCUCAGUCCAUGGUGCAGUUGGACAGCACGGCCUCGUCACACAUUCAGUACCGCAAGCAGAGCGGAGGGAUAGGCCCACGCUCUGCCAGCCGCCACUCCCUGGAUCGGUCUGCACAGAUGAAACGGAGCCGUCUACGGCGGCGAUCCUCCCAGCUCAAAAUUAAAAUCCCCGACCUGACGGACGUGAACGCCAUCGACCGCUGGUCUCGCAUCAUCUUCCCGUCUGUUUUCUCCCUGUUCAACCUUGUCUACUGGCUCUACUAUGUCUGAUCAGAGCUGUUUUUGGUGUUCGUCGUUGUUUGACUUUGACUUUCAUUUAAUUUGUUCAUUCUCCUUUUUUUCUGUUGCUUUUAUACGUGAUGGAAUCUGUCAAAGACUGCAACUCACCAAGAUUAAAGAGAGAAACAGAGUUAAAGAUUACUAUGUUAGAACAGGUUGUCAUUGGAAUUGUUUUAUAUAUAUAUAUAUAUAUAUAUAUAUAUAUACAUAUAUAUAUAUAUAUAUAUAUAUAUAUAUAUUUGCAGUCUUUGAAUCCGAACAGUUUACCCCUUAUUGAUCAUGUGUAUAUAGUAAAAUACAAAGCCAGCAAAUUUUAAAAAACAUUAUUUAAAAAAAAUGUGGAAGCAGUAAAGUCAAGACCUUUUUUAAUUAAAAGUUGAUCAGGUGCAAGCAAUGUCUAAAAUAAAUGAAUUAAAAUUGGUACGCUAUGCAUUUAUAAUGUAUUUAGGUAUCUUGGAACCGUGGUUACGGCACAACUCUUACAGAAGCAGAAUAACAUAUGCUUUUAUAGUGUUUAUAUAUAUCUUGAUACUAUCUGCAAUUUAUUUUGCACUGAUCUGUUAAGCAAAAUAAUUUUAAUCCUUUCUUCAGGAUGAUUUUUGUCUCAGGUUCUGAAUUUUUUGAGUUUGUUGGGGACAAAAAAAGAAAACAAGCACAAUUUAUGAAUAAAACUGCCAUUUUUUCCAAUUUAACAGCAGGAUUUCAUGCAACUGCAUGACAAAAUUGCACUCAGAUUUUCAAAACUUACAAAUCUUUUUUUGUGUUGUUUUAUAUUCAAAACAACUGCCAAUGGAGAAUAGUUAUUAUUUAACCCAUAAAAUAUUAUGAUAUUUUUGUACUCCUUGUUUUCAGGUAUUUAUUCGAUUUCCUAACUUACAUUGUUUUAUUGAAGACCAGUUCUUUUAUUGUGACAGUAUGGUGAAAUUAAUUAAUCUUUUUGUACAUAUGUGUGUAUAUAUGUCUAUACAUACGCUAUGUGUUCAACCCAAAAAUGAAAAUAACAAUUUUGUGAUUGUCUCUGACUCUAAAUAGUCAGAUUAUUUAAUUGGAAAAGAUGAGGAUUAAUGUGUCAAGUCAGUUUCAGGAAUCUUAUCCAUUUUGAAGCAUGUCUGAGCAGUCUCAAUACAUUCCCAACUUCAAGCAUCCUUCACAAAUAUUGAAAGCCCUGUAAAGUUGUGUAAAAAGGAGUAAAAUAAAUAUAUCUUUUGUUGCUGGAGCAACAUUUUACAGUGAAAAUUUUCAAAAAGAUAAAAAUCCAGUGUUUAAGAUGAGUACAUUUGUUGAGUUGGCAAGAAUUGAUGUUAUGAAAUUUUAAAUAAUAGUUUUUACAAAAUUAGUUGCUAAGCUGCUAGAUACCCCUAGUGUUAGCUCUUUGUACAAGCACCUUUUGCCAAUUUCUAAUAGUUAAUGAUUCCAUACACACUAACAAGGUUCCCAGGGGCCCAUAGCAUCAAAUGUUUUCCACACAUUCCUCCUUUUGUUUCACAUUAGUUUAUUCAGAAGUCCUUUCAAGACCAUCCUUUCUUUCUAUGAUAUACCUGUGCUCCUUAAUUCUCGCACUUAACUGAAAGGUCCUGACACAGAAAACCUUGGGACGUAGUCACAAAUUUGUAACCGCUAUGAUUGUAAGAGGAAACAGAGGAUUGUGGACCAACUGUUUCAUAGUCAUACGAUACAAAGGAAAGACAGCAGCAGCCACACUGUUGGUGCACUUGGAGCAGAGGCACUGGAUAAUCUUUUAGUGUCCUUAUGUAAUACGUACGUUGCUCAGCAGAAUCUAAUACAGACAAUAUGUUAAGGUUAGUGUGCAAUACCUUUGCUUGUAUUUAAAGCACUUCUUAGAACAGCCUGCAUGAGGAUCGCAGCACACAUACUCAUACUGCUAAGGUGAAUGCUCCGGGUGAUUAGCCACACCUCUUUAGUUCUGCAAGCCUAGCUAUACAUUUAGAAAGCAUACAAGGUAUGUAAUCUGUGUGAUUAACUAUAGCUGAUAUCAAAUACAUAGUUAUCCAUACUCCGGGGUUCCCAUUUGUGUUUUUAUUGCAGAACAAUGAUUUAGUUUCAUCUGACCAAAGCUCUUAGCUUCACCUAAGGUCCCAAACAUUUAAAACAAAAACUCCACAUAUAGCCAAUAGAACAGUGUCCAGAUCAAUUGGCUUUUUCAUACCCCCAUUCUGUCCCUUCAUAUGACUUUUUAGUACCUGUAAACAAAACAUUUUGUUCCCGUAUUCUUAUAUCAUGGUGAAUCUUUUUUUUGUUGUUGUCAUAGUUAUUUUUGUGAUUAAUGCAGAUAAAACAUUUUUACUAAAGCCUGAUGUCCUUGGCAGGUACAAAAAGGUGGUUCAGAAAGUUCAAAAUGGCAGAGGCAAAAUGACCAGCUUCACACUGUAUAAAUGUACUCAAAUUAAAGUUUGGAUUUUUUAAACUUAAAACUGUAAAACUAUAGAAGUGCAAUAAAAGAUUAAUUUAUUGUAAGGCUUUUUACACAUCUUUAUCACAGGCACCAAAAGGUGCAGUAUGCUGACUCCAAUCACUGCACGUACUGAAAAGUGAGCUCUGCAUUUCUGUUACUAAGUAAAGCCAAUGAAUUUCACAGAAUAUGAAGAUGGCUUGCGAUAACCAGUCUGUCGGGUAAUUUUAAGCACAUACUAGCAUUGAAUGUAUCAGGUCCAUUCUUCAGGGAGCGGAUAAUGAGCCAUGGUCAUCAUUUCUUCAUUAGAAUGUAACCCAUCCCUACUGACAUUGCAAGUGAUUAGUAGAAAUGAGGGCAGGGACAGCUUUUUACCAUUUUGCAUGUGUUUAAUUAGAAAAAUACACACAGAGACACCAAGAUUGAAGAGUCUCUGCACACCUUUUAUUUUCUGUGCCGUUUGCUGAGCUGUGGAAAAAUGUCAACUUAUAAGUUUUGUGGCUAAAAAUGGCUCCCUUGUCCAGUUCUUCCUGACAAACUGUGUACCAUUCCCCCGAAGGUCACAAAGCAAUCAGUUACAACCGGGUUGUGCUCAUUCGAAGCAUUCCUGUUCAUACAUUCGCUUUUGUGCAUGCAAGAGAAUACCUGUUGAGGAAAGAAAAAACAAAGGUACUUGAUAACAGUGAGUUUGAGCAAAAGGAAAUAAUUGUAACAUGUACAGUCUAGAAUAUGACAAAGAACUGAAUGUAUGGUACUUGGACUAUCACAGUACCAAUGCAAUUUUAUUUCUGAGAUAAGGAAUUAUUAAAAUGGUGCCAUCAAUGGCUCGGUAUAGGUGUUCCAUUUUCUACUGUGUAGAGGCAGUUUAUUAAAAAAAAAAUACCACACUAUAUUGCCAACAUUUUUGGGUCACAACACCAAAUCAAUGAACUCUGGUGUUACCAUCACUUCCAUGGCUGCAGGUGUAUAACGUUUGGUGUGGAGCAACUUGACUGGCCGGCACAGAGUCCUGAGCUCAACCUUCCUGAACACCUUUGGGAGGAAUUAAAGCAGAGUCAGCAAUUCUGGUUUUCUUACCCAAGUAUGAACACACUCCUAAACCUUGUGGGAAAUGUUUACAGAAUAGUUAAAGUUGCUAUUGCCCGCAACGGUGGGUCCAUCAACAAAUUGGAUCUUAUAGAUUAAGAAUAGGAUGUCAUCAAAGUUCAUGUACAUGUAAAAGUAAACAGACAAAUACCUUUGGCAAUAUAGCGUACCUAUGAAAUAAUUAUUUAAAACUGUGUGCUAUGAAAAUUCAAAGGGAGUUCUUCAUUUUUUGCACCAAUUUGACUGGACAUAACCUUUAACAACUUCUUAGAUCUCAAGGAAUCACAUGAAAGCUCUGCUUCGCUAGUCACCAGAUUACAUUUCAAUCGAGACCCAUUUAUUUGGGAAUCAGAAAUCCGUUGACUUUGUGUGAGAUUUGGCUACCUCUUAAAUUUGAUACGUGCUCUAUGAACACUGUAAAAACACAAAUUUUGACUAUGAUUUAUGGCACAAAUCCCUUUUUGUGUCUAAGGUUGUGAAAUUCAUAGAAACAGUCUGUCCAAAGACAUUUCAAAUUGGUUGGUGUGCAUUUGUAGUUUCCAUUGUGAAAAAAAGAUAGCUUUUGCCGUGAAAGUCGACAAAAUAAUCUUCCAGGCAGGAAGGCUUCUUCAAUAUAAACAACUGCUUUUGGGUUGUGUGUUGAGAUUUGAAAAUUAGUUAUUUUAUGAGUCCUAAAUUUAUCAAACGACAAAGUGAAAUUGUGACUUUAAGGAGAUGGUUGUUAUAAACUCUACUCUAGAAACUUGUUUAUAAAGCAUGCAGAAACCUUUAAGUUGGAGCGACUUAAAGAAUAUCUUUUUAGCCAAUUUACUAACAACAGCUGCCAACUGCUCAUUUUAGAGAUCACUCUAUGCCACGUGAGCCUACAUUAAAAAGAAAAAAAUAAUCAAAAGACAAAAAAAAAAAAAAGGCCAUCAAAGACUUCAAGUGUUGUAUGGCCUUGGUCCCAUAUUGGAAUGUGAAAUGUUCUGUGCUGCCACAAAUGUAUUUAGGCUUAGAUUUAUACUGUAUAUCUGUUUGUUUAAUCUUUUUCAAUAGAGUACCAUGUUAUACCAUCAAAUAAAUUGUAUACAUUGUACCUGUGCAUUUGGUAUUGCGAGCAUGCAUGAGACGCCAUAAACUAUCUGCCUAUAGUGUAUAAGAUGAUAAUAUAAUACCAAAGUCAAAGGAAUCCUUGCAGAACCAUAUGUUAAUGAAAUAUGGAAUCAACACAACCAAAGUAUAUUUGGUAUCUAAUAAAACGUCUUAGUGACAGUUCAAGACAAGGAACCUGGCAAAGUUAUUAUACAUGCAUGAGAUAAGGUUCUUGAAUGUAAACCAGAGGGACGGUGUGUAAAGGCAACAGUAGUUCCAUGGUGAAAUAAAAUCUGAGGAAAAAAAACAAAAAACAAUAUGGAGGUUAUUAUUGACUAUUAGAACCUGCAUGUUUUAUGUUUCAUUUAGUUGCUACAAACUCCAAAUUGCAGCUUGUAAACUUUAACUGAACAAUUUUUUUUUGUCAUAUCUGCUGAAAGUUGUGAUUUUCUGACAAUAAAAUAUGGAACGAUUUAUGGAUGAAAAA